CCGCGCGGCGUCCCGUCGCCAUGGCUGCCCGCGGUGGUGUCGCCCCUGCCGGCGAGGGUCUGCGCUACGCCGAGUACUCGCCGCCGGCGACCCGACGGCCGGACGCCGACCUGGACAAGGGGCUGGCAAGAAAUUUGAUAGCUAUAGGACUGGGUGUUGCAGCUGUUGCAUUUGCAGGUCGCUAUGCAUUUCAGUUCUGGAAACCUCUAGAACAAGUAAUCACAGAAACGACAAAGAAGAUUUCUACUCCUAGCCUUUCAUCCUACUAUAAAGGAGGAUUUGAACAGAAAAUGAGUAGGCGAGAAGCUAGUCUUAUUUUGGGUAUAAGCCCAUCUGCUGGCAAGGCCAAGAUUAGAACAGCUCAUAGGAAAAUUAUGAUUUUGAAUCAUCCAGAUAAAGGUGGAUCUCCUUACUUAGCAGCCAAAAUAAAUGAAGCAAAAGACUUGCUAGAAGCAACCACCAAACAUUGAUUGAUGCCCAAGAAUCACUCUGAAGGAAAAGAUGGGGGAAUUUAAAACAAAAAGGUCCAGCAAAUUAAACUAUGGUAUUCAUGAUUUUCAUACAUGUACUGACCACAAUAAUUUAUUCCACUAUUAAGGCAUAUAAUAAUAAAAGAUUAACAGUC